AUGAUCAUUGAAUUACGUCGUUUGGGUGUUAGUCUGUUAUGCUUAGCAGUCGGUCUGAGUAUUGCAUCGUUGGUAACAAGUCUUUGGGAUUGUGGAAAUUUAUUCUCAGGAUGUCAGAAUACUGUUCAUAAGGAGACUGUAUCAGCUGUUGCUGGCUUAAUCAUUUUAGGCACUGUAUGCCUAUUAAUCAUCAUCCUAUUGGAUGCGGUUGCAUUGUGUUCAGAUGUAUUCGCCUCACGUGCUGCUUAUACAACUGUACGUUUCAUCAUAUUAUACUUGGGUGCUGCAGCUCUCUUGAUUGGCAUAUUAGUGUACACAUCAUUAGUCGGACAUCAUUGGUCAUACUUCUUCGCAGUGACUGGAGCUGUACUAGCAACACAAGUGGCUAUAUUGGCGAUCAUGUCGUCAAAAUGUGUUACUGUUCGAACCACUACAACAACGAGAACAAUUCGAGAAAGUCGUUUGGCACAUCGUUUAUGUAUUACAUCAUUAUGUACAGAUUAUUGGAUUUGUGGUAAUUUAUUCUUAUCAUGUCAAGAUACAGAUUAUAAAGUGAUUAUAUUAUCAAUGAUUGGAUUAUUGAUUUUAGGAUGUUUUUGUAUUUUAUUGAUUAUAAUCUUAGAUAUGAUUAGUUUAAAUUCAAUAAAAUUUUCUUCACAUAUUACUUAUUUAAUUUUUCGUUUUAUAUUAUUAAUUUUAUGUGCUAUAGCUUUAUUAAUUAGUGUUUUAUUAUAUACCAUAUAUAUUGAACAGAAUUGGUCAUAUUUUUGUGCAGUUAUUGGUGCUGUAUUAGUAACAGUAGUAGUUAUAUUAUCAUUUAUGUCAUCUCCAUGUAUUCAAACAGAAGAUUAUAGAAACAAAACGUAUUAA